AUGAUAGUUUUAAACCUCCUACGGGCCUGGAUUGCCCAUGAAAGCCUGCUCAAAGUGACCAUCUUUGGACUACUUCUUCAACUCUCCUUUGCCCAUUCGUUUAGCAACGAUGUGACUCCAGACAGUCUAUCCCCCCGACAGGCCCAUUUUGUCAAUGGCCCAAUGAAGUUCGAUAGCUCCCUAGGAGAAGAGGCCGCGCAACAAGUGAUAUGGUCCCAGCAUGGAAAUUCACAACGAGCCACUAUCCAGGUAUAUGUGAGCCGAGGAUUUCUGCAGGCGCAGAAUACAAUGCAGAAUCCCACCCCAGAAGACGUUUGCUUCACCCUCUCGAACUUCAAGCUUAUUGGCGAUAAAUACAGUACAACGAGGGUUGAUUUUACACGACACUCGUACACCGAAGUACGGGUCAGCAUCGAUCUUCCAACGAAACGCAGUGCCGACCAAGUACAGGCGGCAGUGACUAUGAAGGCUAACAGCCUGCUGGUUGAUAUGCAAAAUCAACAAACUCAAUGGGGUCAGGAGUCCCGGAGGCCUAAAGCGAGCUUUGAGAAGGAUGGACUUCAUGUUCAAGUCAUCAAGCAUUAUGGGAGUCAGUGA